GCAACUGGUGUAAUAUCAGCAUUUCAGAAGUUUCCUCCAAUCAGACGCAGAGUGAGAAAAAAGAGAUAGUCAAAGCCUUCGAAAGAAAACUCUGAAAGUCGGAAGACUCGUUUAUUAUACUUUACUUUUACUUUUUCCAAUUUCAAUGAUCUAGCUAGGGUUUCGGUUUACGCGAUUGAUUUCUUGGUGCAGGUUUCAGAUCAAUUUGAAGUGUAUUUUGAUUUUUAUCUGGAAUAUGGCUUCGGUUGCUGUAGUGCCUCCAGGCACUGAAAAGACGAAAUAUGAUGCGAUGCUUGUGGAUAAACUUCCUGAAGAAAUCAAUGAAAUGAAGAUCAAGGAAGAUAAGGUGGAAAAGGAAGUGGAAGCAUCGAUAGUGGAUGGAAACGGAACUGAAACUGGGCAUAUCAUCGUGACUACUAUUGGUGGUAAAAAUGGUCAACCUAAGCAGACAAUAAGUUACAUGGCAGAGCGUGUUGUUGGACAGGGUUCCUUUGGGAUUGUGUUUCAGGCCAAGUGUCUUGAAAGUGGAGAAACAGUAGCUAUCAAAAAGGUGCUGCAGGAUAAAAGAUACAAAAAUCGUGAACUGCAGACGAUACGCCUUCUUGAUCACCCCAAUGUUGUUUCACUCAAGCACUGUUUUUUUUCAACCACGGACAAGGAUGAGCUUUACCUUAAUUUAGUUCUUGAAUAUGUGCCUGAGACAGUUUAUCGUGUGACAAGGCACUAUAGCAAAGCAAACCAGCGAAUGCCUAUGAUUUAUGUCAAGCUUUACACAUAUCAGAUGUUUAGAGCUCUUGCAUAUAUUCACGGGAUAGGAGUCUGCCAUAGGGACAUCAAACCUCAGAAUCUUCUGGUCAAUCCGCAUACUCAUCAGCUAAAACUCUGUGAUUUUGGAAGUGCAAAAGUUUUGGUGAAAGGUGAACCAAAUAUUUCUUAUAUUUGUUCUCGGUACUAUCGCGCUCCUGAACUAAUAUUUGGGGCAACUGAAUACACAACUGCAAUUGACGUAUGGUCUGUUGGCUGUGUUCUUGCUGAACUUCUUCUUGGACAGCCUCUCUUUCCUGGUGAGAGUGGAGUCGAUCAGCUUGUGGAAAUCAUCAAGGUGCUUGGAACCCCCACUCGUGAGGAAAUAAAAUGUAUGAAUCCAAAUUAUACAGAGUUCAAGUUCCCACAAAUCAAGGCUCAUCCUUGGCACAAGAUUUUCCACAAACGAACACCUCCAGAAGCUGUGGAUCUUGUAUCUAGACUUCUUCAAUACUCACCAAAUCUGAGGUGUAAUGCUUUGGAGGCCUGUAUCCACCCGUUUUUCGAUGAACUUCGUGAUCCUAAUACACGUCUUCCUAAUGGCCGCCCAUUGCCACCUCUCUUCAACUUCAAACCACAAGAAUUGAAAGGUGCGUCUUCGGAGCUUGUGUCCAAGCUAAUACCCGAACAUGCUAAGAAACAAUGCCUCUUCUUUGGCUCCUAAGGUUCCGUAGAAUUUUCUUGUACCAUGUGUGUAUGCUUAAGACUAAUUUGUUGUGUUUUAUGUUUAGUUUAAUCUUCUGUGCUGGCACAGAACAACCUGGAUUAUCCUUUUGUUGACUUACUUUGUGUAAUUUAUUGGUUAAUUAGUCCAUCUUCAUGUUACUCGACGUGGCCAUACUUGUAUUCCACGUGCUGACAGAAGAAAACAAGGUCUUUUGUGAUUUUCCUGAAUUGCCCUUGCUUAAAUGUAUAAUUACUUGAAAUUCAAUUGAAGUAUGAAUAUAUAUGUGAAAGAUUAUUAUUAUCUUUCUUUCCGUAU